AUGAGCGUCGAGCUCAAAGACGGAGACGAAUACUCUCAUCGUCCAACUGCGACCCAGCCUGCAGUGGCGCAUGACCAGGCAAACGAGGCCAAGGAAGACACCGCACGUGUGCAGAAAGAGCCAACCGAGAAUGGAGAGACGCAAGAAGCUUCCAGUGGAUUAUCAGAGGAGAAUAUGAAUAUACAGCACCCAGAAGUCGUCGAGCAGAGAGUUGCAGACGCCGAAGGGAAGGUGGUUGACAGGGAUAAACCCGAGAAGGAGAAUAAAAAUCGUAUGCCAGCGGCAAUCGACGGGUUGACCACUAAUCACUCAGAUGAAGAUACGAGUGACUCUCAACCAGCAAUGCUGGAGGCUCAGAGUGCCGAAGUAGCUGAAGAGCCUUCAGCUCCUUUGACCACGCAGGUCGUAAGACCGCAAUCGCCGGCUAAGGAGGAAGAAAGUGAUACGCUUGGAGAACGAUUCCAUAUGGGGUUAAACACCAGCAUUGACGAGUCUAUAGAAGCUCCCAAUCAUUCAGAUGGAGUCAUUGCUCUCGUCGGAGGCAGUCAGCUCGAGUCACCGUCCAGGGAAAGCGAAAAGCUCCUUCAUGAAGUAGAAACGGAGUCAACCGAAGAUAAAAUCUUGGAGGAGAACGAACUUAUUAACACAAGACUCGCGCUCGGCCUUGAGCACCCUCCUCACAUAGAACUACCGGCAGAAGUGUUGAGCGAUCCCCAAGCAUCAUACCUAUUCCACCAAUGGGAUGAUUCAACCCCGACAAAGGAGCAAGGCGAUCCUUUACAGACGGUUGGUUCUGGAAUCUCGUCAGCAGAUAUACCGUUAAAUGAGCGAGAGCUACCAGCUGAAGAAGAUGAAGCGAGUAUGCUCAAUGCGCGUCUUGAACUGGGAUUGGAGCCCCCUGUUCAUGCUCAUAUUCCUGCGGACUCUCUGGAGAAAUCGGCUAGUGUGAUCACAAUUCCGGCAUCCACGCCCCGGAUCGAUGACUUUGUCUCCGAAGAUACAACACCAGAACUCGAGACUUCGGAACCAGGCAAUAGUCGAGACCGUACCCCUUACUGA